UUGAUGCGUCAGAUUACUUUAUGUAUUUUAAGUGUCCAAAUACUAUAUUUUGGGCCACUGUAGAAAGAGAAUGGAUCUGUGGUUAUCAGAGAUUUAGUUCUGUUAAUUUCUUCUCAUUACUUUUCUUCAGGUGCAAAAGGUGGUUGAUUUAAAAAGCUGGAGGAGUAUGCAGAGACUUUUCAGGGCCACAAUGUGGGAUACUGCUGUCUAGAAACAACCAAAUCCAAAGCAGGGGCUCCGGUGAGUAAUCGUGGCGGUGAGGUGUGUGAUGAUGUUCCCGAGCUCUCUGACAGUGAUGAUGAACAGUGGCAGCCAAUGGAGGAGGGAUCUGAAAACAUGACAGUCCCGUGUGUGCUGUGUGACAGGACUCUCACUUCUGUCUCUGAAACAUUCAAACACUGUAAGGUGGACCAUGGUGUGGAUAUUCCAGAACUGGUCCGAAAACACAGGCUUGAUGAUUAUGGCUAUAUAAAGAUGAUAAACUACAUUAGAACAACUAAAUGUUCUGCAGAGUGUUUGUUGCUGGUUUCAGGCCCAUUACCAUGGGACAGUGAUGAAUUUAUGAAGCCAGUCUUGCCUGAUGACCCAUUACUACAGAUAGAUUUGGAGGAGUUGAGUGGGGCUGAAGUGGUGACGUUGAGCACCUCGGCUGGUGAUCAGGCAGAUUUGCUGCUUCAGAGAUCCAGGCAGGCUGAAGACAGAGCUCAGAGAGCUGAGGAAGCCCUGGCUCGUGCCAUGGAGGAUCUGCACAAACUCAAAAUGCUGGCACAAGGUCUAGUGCUGAAUGCAGACACAAGCCAUGGCCCUUCAAGCUUAGGGGCCAUUGCUGAGUUGAGAGAAGAUGAAGACGAGGCCUACUUUAGCUCUUAUGGGCAUUACAGCAUCCAUGAGGAGAUGCUGAAGGACAAGGUGCGCACUGAAAGCUAUAGAGACUUCAUGUACUGCAACAUGGGCGACUUCAAGGACAAGGUGGUGCUUGACGUCGGAUGUGGUACGGGAAUCCUCUCUAUGUUUGCUGCCAAAGCAGGAGCCAGAAAGGUCAUUGCUGUCGAUCAGUCAGAGAUCAUAUACCAGGCAAUGGACAUUGUCAGAUCAAAUAAACUGGAAAACACUAUCACAUUGAUCAAGGGAAGAAUAGAAGAACUAGACCUUCCUGUGGAAAAUGUGGACAUAAUCAUUUCAGAGUGGAUGGGGUACUUCCUGCUGUUUGAAUCAAUGCUGGACUCCGUGCUCUACGCAAGGGAUCGCUACCUUGCUGAAGGUGGUUUGGUCUAUCCAGACUGCUGCAGCAUCUGCCUGGCGGCGGUCGGGGACACUCAGAAACACAAUGACCACAUUGCCUUCUGGGAUGAUGUUUAUGGCUUCAAGAUGACAUGUAUGAAGAACGCAGUUGUCCCAGAGGCAGUAGUGGAGACUUUAAAGCCAGAGACCUUAAUUUCGGAGCCUGCAGUCAUUAAGACUAUUGACUGCGGCACUGUGUCCGUGUCUGAACUGGAGUUCACAGUAGAUUUCACCCUGAAGAUAAGGGUCAGCACAUUCUGUACAGCCAUCGUGGGCUAUUUUGACAUUUUCUUCGACAAGAACUGCAGAAACAAGGUCAUGUUCUCCACUGCUCCAGAUUGCACCAAGACCCACUGGAAACAGACAGUCUUCUUACUGCAGAGUCCUAUCUCUGUCCAAGCUGGAGAAGAUCUUCCAGGUCACAUUGCAGUACAUAAGAACAGAAAGGACCCCAGAACACUGCUAAUUACUCUCUCCCUUGCUGGCCAGAAGCAAACCUACAGCCUACAUUGAGGGGACUUGUUUUGCUGAUGGGAAAUAGCAUCCAGUACUUAAACCAAUCCAGUCUGUUAUAACUCAAGCAUUCUAUUAAAAAGUGUCUUUUCUACAAAUCGUCACUCAUGGAUGGUGUUUAUUAUAGACCAAAGGUGUCAAGCUGAUCUUACUGUGAGACACAUAACAGGACUAUAAUACUGAGUCAAUAAUAUGUAUAACUAAGCAGGCUUACUUUUAAGCCACUGAGUUUUCUUAAGGUGCUUAAAUGCCUCCAGCAAUGGAGGUAGUCCUAUUUCCCUUCUGUUUGAAUAAUGACUGAAUGAAUAUCUUAACAAAUAA